GGGUCUGGGAGGCUACUCGAGCAGUGAAGAUGAAGACGAGUCUGUCACGCCUGUCAGCAAGUCGAAUCAGCCCACGCUAGGCCGUCGCAAACAAGACCAUGGGAGAAUCCCUGCCUAAUGCUGUUUCGUCAUCCUCGCAACAUGCAGCUCCCACCAUGGUCGUCGAAUCCACCACCGAACCACAAUCACAACCAGAACCACAACCACAACCACGACCCACAUCUACUGCCAUACAAGCGCCUGCGCCUGCGCCUGAACCCACCCCAAUUGGUCCAAGCCUUGGUCCUGUCGCCGGUCCAGCGGCUGGGCCUUCACCCAUGCCAGAGCCCAGCCCGCUCGCAAACGAGAGUGGAGAGGAAGGCGUAUCGGCGCCGCCAUCACCAUACACUGCCAGUCGACUCAUGAUAAGAAACCUCACCAUGCCGCCUGUGCCGAACUUCCAAAUCCCUCCUUCGCCCCCAGGCUCGCCGCCACCCGACACAACAACAAAGUUUGCAAGAUUUCUCGACUUAAAGAAAAAGGGCACACAUUUCAACGAACGUCUAUACCACUCUUCGGCACUACGCAAUCCUGGCCUCUUGUCCAAGCUCAUGCACUUUGCCGGAAUCAGUCAGGAAGACCAGUACGCUACUCCGUGGUCGCAAGGUGUUGUUGCGACUCAGUUUCCAGAAUGGGCCUAUGGGGACAAAUUGGUUGCCGCGCAUGAGAAGAUAGCAAAGAAGAAAGAGCUGGAAAAGGCAAAGACUCCGAGAGAGGCGGUUGAUUUUGUACCAGCAAAACAGGAAGCGACCGCUUCAACAUCCGGAAGAGUGGAGAGGAGAAGUCAAGGCAGACGAGGGCUAGGCUUCGACAAUGAACGACGCCGAUCUCGUUCGCCUAGAUGAAGAGAUGAAUCACAGACCCCAGAACUUCUCUGCCCUCAUCUUGACUCCCUCCCAGCUGUUCAGCUUGGGUCGCACAUCGAGGUAGAAGUUGAGGGAUUUGCCAGGCUUGCCCUCGUUCUUGCCCGCGU